CACCCUCGUUCGAACGUAGUUUGGAGAGGUGCGAACCGUAGUAACGGUCGUUCUUGGUUAGAAGUCAGAGGUGCAUCGAUCAAAUCAACAUCGCCGACACCGGUGGUGGAUAUUUGACGGUCACGUUGAUUUCACCAUUUAGAGGUGCAUCGAUCAAAUCAACGGCGCCGACAUUCGGCGGCGGAUAUUUGACGGUAGUCUCGAUUUCAACAAUCAGCGGUGCAUUCGAUCAAACGGCACUGCAAGAGUUUCCACCGCGAAACAUCAAAUCAACAUCGCCGGAAACAGAAUUCGGCACCGGCGGUGGCAUUUGGUUUUCCCGAGGAAACAAUUUGGCACGCCCAGUGGGACACGUGUGUUUGAAAUGGCUCUGCGGCGAGAAAAACAAGAUUGCGAUCUUCCACAACAAUUUCUGGACGAGCAAAGGACCAAUACUGAAGUUGGUCAGGCGGACGAGGCGGAUGGACAUAUCGGUCGGAUGAAGGAGUGGCCUCAAUCCAUGUCGAGCACUGACGGGCAUGUUGCACUCUUGUCUCUACGUCGAGCCGUGGAGGAGUAUUACCAGCAGGUAAAUCUCUAUUUUAUCUCUUUAAAUAAGCCGUGUGAUUCUCUUGGAAGACAUAUGGAUAAAUUUUUUGAGAUGAUAGAUGAACAUGUUUCCGGUAUUGCCAAUAAGGACUCACUUAAACUUGUGGCUAAAACAGUGGCGUUAGGGGCCAACAAAUCUCAUGUUGGUUCUCCUGUGAACACUAUUGUUUUGAAGGACAGGAAAGUUAGAGCGGUCUUGCGAAAGCCACAACUAAGAACAAAAUUUAAACGUGUUCAUAAUAAGUUUCAGAAAAUUAAGAAAAACAAGUGUGAUAUCUUGAAAGAUGACAAAUUUUACAACAUUGUUCAAUCUAAGCCGCUAGGGGGGCAUGCCAUCCCAGCUCGUGGUAGAUCGAAGGAGAAACAACACUGUAAAUGGCAAAUAAGUUUGCCACAUCCACCUUGUUCUAAGAAAAAUCGAGCUAGGGUCACCACAGACACCAUUCAAGAUGGAGGUGGUGACCACGUGAAUAAAACCAAUCCUGCAAGGGUUGGGAUGAAUCAACAGAAUCCUCCAUGUAAGUUGUCCCCAAAGACUCCACCUAGUGAAAAGGGGGGCAAGUUCAAGCAAACCCGACAUGGGGUUGCCACGCCAAUGCUGGAUGGGAACAAGUCUUCCAUGAUUUUUGGGCAGGGGGGCAAGCUAAAUGCCCGAAAAAUUCCAAUCACACGUGAAAAUUCAAAAGAUACCAAGUGGUUAUGUGAUAAGUGCAAAAAUCAAAAUAACCACAUGACUGUUGAUGAAGCUCGUAAGCCUCAAACUCAACAACGUCGUGAGUGUGUGCAGAUGACAAAACAAGAUCAGUCUGGGCAAGCGAUGCCACAUGGUCGAUUUGGUAGGACAAAGACGUUAAAAAACUCCGAUGUCCCGCCAAGAGUAAAAAACACUGGUGAUUUUCUCUGUCACGGCCCUGUGGCUAAGAUGAAGCAAAAUCGAACUCGUGGAAUCUCGAACAAGGGUGCUCGAGCUGGACAAACUGGAAAGUUGCAAGCCAGCUAUGAUUGCAAAAAAUCUAAACCAAUGUGUGUAGAGCUAGCUGGGACUAGUGAGAGUAUUCAUGGAUGGCUUGUGUGGUUUGAUCCGUGGAGUUGGCAGUGGGUGUGGACCUUUGGCAUGAUGGUUUAUGCCAAAGUCUAAUCUGUUGGUUAUUUAUGUAUUAGUAACAAAUAAAAUAUAGCUAAUUUAGGCCACAUGAUAUAUAUGUGUAAAAAAAAAAAAAAUUGCAAAGGAAACAAGCAUGUUUCCAGGUCCGACAGUGGUGCUUUAUUUCUCACCAACGUUGUGGUGACCGCAAAGCGGAUGACACAACACCAUGGUGAAAUGCAGCAGAAUUGUUCCGGACCCGAUUGAAAAAAAAAAUUGAUUUUCGCAUAGGAAAAUAAUAUUGUUAAAAUAAAAGUAAUACGCCGCUGUUUCUCUAAACAGUGUUGCGGGACUUUUGAAAGAGAAGGAAAAAAAAGUCGUACUAACAUCAGGCCUGGUUAGUUUGCAGCGCUGCAAGAGAGAAAAAAGGAGCUCAAACGGCGCUGUAAAGUUUGCCGCAGCCUUGCGAGCAAUAAAAAAAAAAUUCAUAAUUGGCCGAGUAAGUACAUAUUUAAAAGAGGCCAAACAAUGCUGCGAGCUGCCACAUUGUUGUUAGAUUGGUUCCUCGUUUUACUUUUGUGAGAAACCAUGCUUAUGAGUUUAAUAAAAAUAAAGAUAAAAGAAGGAUACGUAAGGCCAAUGUAAUGGUCAUUUGAACUAUGAGAAAAGCAUGCAGGGUUGUUCUGCUCUUCGCAGCUUUGUGGUGUGGGGACAAAUUCACUGCAUUUUAGUAAAGCUCGUCACAGCGUUGCGGGUAAUGGCUGGUUGCAGUGUUGCGGAAUGAAAAAAAAAAUAAUAAAAAAAUCAAAGCACCACCGUUUUGGUCCAACGCAACAUUGAGGGUUUUUUGUGGAAAGAAAAUAUAGUUUCAACGUAAUAGCUUAAGACAACGUUGCGGGCAACGGAAAAUUGAUAGUGGCCAAAGCAACGUUGUUAUGGACCAAAACAAUCUUGUUUAGCCGUGCAGACCCGUGGCCGCAACAGCAUUGCUGAAAUAAAAUAAUAAUAAAAUGCUAUGAUGUAGCAGAGGAAAAAUUAUAUCGGCCUAAAUAGCGUUGCCGCAAUACGGAUGAAAAAAAAAAUCCGCAGCGUUGCGAUAGGUCUUGGCAACGUUGUUUGGCCGAAAGCGUUGUUUGGCAACCACGAGAGUAAAAAUCGGAUCCUGGGGAGACUAGGUCCAAACAGUGAUGCGCUGCUACCACUAGUCUGUGUUUUGGAUAAUCAUGCGUUGAACAGUGUUGCGUGGAAUUGUGUUGGCUGAUUUUUGCUUUAGGGCCAUUAAAAUAACAAAUAAAAAAAUAAUAACCCAAGCACGGUUAUUUUAUUGGGGAUAAAAAGGAGAGAAAGCGGCAUUAGUGAGAGUGCCGCAGAGUUGUUGGCAAAGAAAGAGAGUCCGAGAAGCUUUUGGAAGCCUGCCGCAAUGUUGAAAGCAAGUGAGAAAAAAAAAAUAAUUAUUAUAAUAAAACUUAGGUCGCUAAUCCGCUGCGCCAUGGGGGAAAUAAACAGGGCUGUGUAAUUGCUUCGACCUGUAGCAUCGUGGGAUUUUAAGCCACCUAACAGCUUUGGUUAAGGGCUAAGAGAUAAGCGUCGAUGAGAAUUGAUGUUUUGGCUGCCAAUCGUGGUGGGGAAGGUAACAUUGCUGGAAUGUGACAUCUGUGCGGAAGAGGCUCAAAAUUGGUGGGACGCGUUGGUCAAACUUAUCCCUACCAACAUUGCAUGACUAAUCAAUUUCAUGCAUUAGC